AUGGAUGAAGUGAAUCAUUCUGUAGUGGCUGAGUUUGUGUUUCUUGGACUCUCUGAUUCAUGGGAGAUCCAGCUUCUUCUCUUCCUCUUCUCCUCUGUAGUCUAUGUGGCAAGUAUUCUGGGAAACCUGCUCAUUUUGAUCACUGUGAUUUUUGAUUCUCACUUACAUUCUCCCAUGUACUUUCUGUUGGCCAAUCUCUCCUUCAUUGACAUGGGAGGUUCCUCCAUUGCAGCUCCUAAAAUGAUUUGUGAUCUUUUCAGGAAUCAUAAAGUCAUCUCAUUUGGUGGCUGUGUUGCUCAGAUUUUCUUUAGUCAUGCUCUUGGAGGUGUUGAGAUGGUGUUGCUCAUAGCCAUGGCAUUUGACAGAUAUGUUGCCAUAUGUAAACCUCUCCACUACCUGACCAUUAUGAAUCCAAAAAUGUGCAUUUUGCUUUUGAUUCUUGCCUGGAUCACAGGAAUCACUCACUCAGGGGUCCAAUUGGCUUUUGUUGUACAUUUGCCCUUUUGUGGUCCUAAUAUAUUAGACAGUUUUUUCUGUGACCUUCCUCAAUUCAUCCAACUGGCCUGUAUGGACACCUAUAGGCUGCAAUUCAUGGUCAAUGCUAAUAGUGGAUUCAUUUCUCUGAUUUGCUUUUGUGUAUUGAUUAUCUCCUACAUCUUCAUUUUAGUCACCGUUCAAAAACAAUCCUCAGGAGUCUCAUCCAAGGCUCUCUCUACUCUGGCAGCUCACAUCACUGUGGUGUUUUUGUUCUUUUGCCCUUUGAUUUUUUUCUAUACAUGGCCUCACCCUGUAUCCCACCUUGAUAAAUUCCUUGCCAUCUUUGAUGCAGUUGUUACUCCCUUUCUGAAUCCCGUCAUCUAUACAUUCAGGAACAAAGAGAUGAAGUUGGGAAUGAGGAGAAUGUACAGUCGUCUUGCCCUCUUAAAGAAAUUCUCUUAA